AUGGGCGAGUGUGUCCUUGUACACGGUGAGUGCAUCCACGGGAUGCUGAACGUCACCACGGGAAGCAUCUCGGAUGCCAAGCAGCGUGCGUGUGAGCGGGGUACCAAGACAGCGCGGGACAGCACGGGGAGUGACAGCACUGUGGUUUCAACGAGAAGAAGAGGCAGGACAUCACAGUUCGUAAGAACACAUGUACCUCCCAGAACUGAGAGGAUGGAUGUUGAUCAGGACUGGAGCAGUGUUUAUCCAACAGCAGCUUCGUUUAAACCUGCCUCUGUGCCUCUCCCAAUUCGAAUGGGUUACCCAGUGAAGGGAGGAGUACCUCCAACAAAAGAAGGCAACUUAGAACUUAUAAAGAUUCCCAAUUUUUUGCAUCUUACUCCUCCUGCAAUUAAGAAACACUGUGCAGCUCUUAAAGAUUUCUGCACCGAAUGGCCAAGUGCUUUGGACAGUGAUGAGAAAUGUGAACAGCAUUUUCCUAUUGAGAUUGAGACAGUAGAUUAUGUUUCUGCAGGGACAUCUAUUCGUAAUCCCAAAGCAAGAGUGGUGACUUUAAGUGUUAAACUUUCUAACCUGAAUUUGGAUGACCAUGCAAAGAAGAAGCUCAUUAAGCUUGUAGGAGAGCGGUACUGUAAGGAUACAGAUAUGCUCACAAUUACAACAGACAGGUGUCCGCUGAGAAGACAGAACUAUGAUUAUGGCAUACACCUCCUGACAGUUCUCUACCAUGAAUCUUGGAAAACUGAGAUGUGGGAGAGCGAGAAGACUGAAGAAGACAUGGAAGAGUAUAUCUGGGAAAACAGCUGCUCUCAGAAAAAUGCCUUGGAUACACUACUUCGAAUAAAAGCUUCAGAGAAUGUCAGUAAUGUAACUGAGGAAGAGCUUCUUGCAUCCGAAGUGGUUAAGAAUUACAGGAACUCUGUAAUUGCACUUAAAAAUGAAGGUGAAACAGAAAAUAACAUGGCUCAGUAUAAAGAAUCCGUGAAGAAACUAUUGAAUAUACAAGCAUUACCGUGAGAGCAGACUCUGCAGGUACAUCUGAUUAUUACAGAAACAUUAAACUACUAUGUUAAUAUUUCUGUAUGAUAUGGACAUAUAAUUAUUCAGAACCUUAACCAAAAAUAUGGAACUUGAUGAUGA